AUGGCUACCGCUCCAACAAAGCAAUCAAUAUUGCAUCUCUACCACUCUAUGCUGAAGACCUCGCAGUCCUUCAGCUCGUAUAACUUCAGGACUUACUUCGUUCGCCGCACGAAGAGCACGUUCCGAGAGAUCCAGAACGAGACCGAUCCUGCCAAGCUGUCUGCUUUCUACAGCGAGAAGGCGAAGGAGCUAGCGGUGCUCAAGCGUAGUGCGAUUGUGAACCAGCUAUAUGGCGGAUGGCGGUUAGUGGUUGAAGAGCAGAAGCCAGAGAGGGAGCGGGGAGAUACAUGA